GGGGAGAGGGUGCAAGUAUCUGGGCAGGGGGGGCCCUGUGUUUGGGCUUGGGGAAGAGAGGGUGCAGGUAUUUAGGAUGGGGCCAACACAUUCAAUUUGAUAGUUUCAAAGCCACUUAAGAGAUCUGGAUGCUCAGUUCCUAUCGAUGGGAGCUGGUAGUCCAAAUCCCUUUAUGGUAAAUUUACCCAGAAAAUGCAGGUGUGAUUGUAGCAUGGAUAGGCACACCCAUGGGCCAACAACCCGAGUAUAUAUCCAGGUCCUCUGCAGGCUUGUACUGGGACAGCCAGCCCACUUUGAACCCUGUGCUGCCACGUCUUCACUACUAUUGUUACUGGAGCUAGUAAGAUUAAAGAUAGGGUAGAUAUGCUUACCUGUGCUACACUCACACCUUCAUUUGCAGUGUAGAUGUCCCCUUAGACAGUUUUGAAAAUCUCAGCCUGAAAAAUUUCUGUUUUAGUCACUAAAACCUAUGAACAGAGGCACUUGUUCAUCCUUCUCAUGAUAAUAGGGGGGAGGAAGUAUUUUAAUUUAUCAUUAGAAUAGUAACUCAAAGUAAUUGCUAACUGUACCAUCCCCACUUUGUUCUAAAACAAGUGUCAAGUAUGAAAUGACAGAUGGACUUUUUGUAGACUUGCACCUCAGUCUUGCAAAGUCUUAGGACCAUGCUUAACAUAAAGCAUAUGGAUAGACUCAGUGACUUUCUAUUAGUCUUACAUAGAUUUCUCUCUGGUCUUCAGUCUUCAUUUGGCUUCCUCUUAAACAGUGUCUUGUUCAUUCUUUCUCUUUUCCUCCUGUGUUGCAUUAUCUCUCUCUACAAAGUACCUCAUGUUUUAGCUGCUUUUAGCAUUUAGUGCUUUCUUCAUUGUGCUUUCAAAUAUUGAUUCUUCAGUCAAUAGGUUACAACAUUUUUGUGCUAUUAUCAGAUAUGCUCAAGUUUGGCAGAGCUUGAAGUACUAUGUAAUCAGCUCUAUGAGGGGACUGAUCUAGCACAGCGGAUGCAAGCAGAGAAGGUGCUCUUGGAGCUUAUUGACAGCCCUGAAUGUCUCAGCCAGUGUCAACUUUUACUAGAACAAGGAACAACAUCCUAUGCUCAGCUUCUAGCAGCAACAUGCCUUUCCAAACUUGUAAGCAGAACAACUCCUUUACCCAUCGAACAAAGGAUUGACAUCAGGAAUUAUAUUCUGAACUACGUAGCCUCUCAACCCAAACUGGCUCCUUUUGUCAUCCAGGCUCUUGUUCAGGUGAUCGCUAAGAUUACAAAAUUAGGAUGGUUCGAGGUUCAAAAGGAUCAGCUCAUUUUCAGAGACAUUAUUGCUGAUGUAAAAAAAUUUUUACAGGCGACUGUGGACCAUUAUAUCAUAGGAGUGAUGAUCCUUUCAGAACUGACUCAGGAAAUGAACCUAGUUGAUUAUUCAAGACCUUCAGCAAAACAUCGUAAAAUAGCUACCUCAUUCCGUGACACGUCUUUAAAGGAUAUUUUGAUGCUGGCAUGCUCUCUUCUAAAGGAGUUAUUGGCAAAACCUUUAAACCUUCAGGAUCAACAACAACAAAGUUUGGCAAUGCAUCUCUUGAAACUUGUCCUCAACUGUCUUAACUUUGACUUCAUUGGCAAUUCAGCGGAUGAGUCCGCAGAUGAUUUAUGCACUGUACAGAUCCCAACAAAUUGGAGAACAAUCUUCCUAGAACCAGAGACCUUGGACUUGUUUUUUGAUUUGUAUCAUUCCCUUCCACCAGUGCUGUCGCAGUUGGCACUUUCCUGUUUGGUUCAGUUUGCCUCUACAAGAAGAUCUUUAUUUAGCAAUCCAGAACGUACCAAGUAUCUUGGGAAUCUAAUCAAAGGAGUGAAAAGAAUCCUUGAAAAUCCUCAGGGUUUAUCUGAUCCAGGUAACUACCAUGAGUUCUGUCGUUUUUUGGCUCGACUAAAGACAAACUACCAGUUGGGAGAACUAGUAAUGGUGAAGGAUUACUCAGAGGUUAUCAGAUUGAUAGCCAAUUUCACUAUUACUAGCUUACAGCACUGGGAGUUUGCUCCAAACAGUGUUCACUAUCUGCUAACUCUGUGGCAAAGAAUGGUAGCAUCGGUACCUUUUGUGAAAUCAACAGAACCACACCUCUUAGAUACAUAUGCACCAGAGAUCACAAAAGCAUACAUUACUUCUAGACUGGAAUCUGUUCCUGUAGUUAUAAGAGAUGGUUUGGAAGAUCCUCUGGAUGAUACAGCUACUGUAUUUCAGCAGCUGGAGCAACUCUGCACAGUCAGCAGGUGUGAAUAUGAAAAGACCUGUGCACUUCUUGUACAGUUGUUUGACCAAAAUGCACAAAACUACCAAAAGCUAUUGCAUUCUUCUAGUAGGAAUCCACUAGAAAUCACAGUCCAAGAAGGACGUCUGGCAUGGCUGGUGUAUCUUGUUGGUACUGUUGUAGGAGGAAGAUUAACUUACACCAGUACAGAUGAACAUGAUGCCAUGGAUGGAGAAUUGUCCUGUCGAGUUUUUCAGCUGAUAUCAUUGAUGGAUGCCCAGUUACCACGGUCUAGUAAUGAAAAAGUAGAACUCGCGAUUCUCUGGUUUUUGGAUCAAUUCCGUAAAACAUAUGUGGGGGAUCAGCUUCAGCGCACCUCAAAAGUGUAUGCCCGAAUGUCAGAAGUCUUAGGAAUAACAGAUGACAACCAUGUUCUAGAAACAUUUAUGGCAAAAAUUGUUACAAACCUUAAAUGUUGGGGAAGAUGCGAGCCUGUGAUUUCAAGAACUCUUCAGUUUCUAAAUGAUCUGUCUGUUGGUUAUAUUCUCUUAAAAAAACUUGUGAAAAUAGAUGCUGUGAAGUUCAUGCUUCAGAAUCACACAAGUAAACACUUUCCUUUUUUGGGAGUGAAUGAUAAUUACAGUCUCAGUGACCUUAGAUGCCGAACAACUUUCUACACUGCUCUCACUCGCCUGCUCAUGGUAGAUCUAGGUGAAGACGAGGAUGAGUUUGAGAAUUUCAUGCUACCCCUUACAGUUUCAUUUGAAACUGUAACUCAGAUAUUCAACAAUAGUUUUAAACAAGAGGAGGCAAAGCGUAUGUUGAUCGGGCUGGCAAGAGAUCUUCGAGGGAUUGCCUUUGCACUGAACACAAAGACCAGCUACACCAUGCUGUUUGACUGGAUAUACACAUCAUACCUUCCCAUUCUACAAAGAGCUAUUGAGCUGUGGUAUCGUGAAGCAGCAUGUACAACUCCUAUCUUGAAGCUUAUGGCAGAGCUUCUGCAAAACAGGUCACAACGUUUAAAUUUUGAUGUAUCAUCUCCUAAUGGAAUUCUUCUCUUCAGAGAGGCUAGUAAAAUGAUUUGCACUUAUGGUAAUCAGAUCCUGUCUCUUGGGACUCUGUCAAAAGAUCAGGUUUAUCCACUGAAACUCAAGGGCAUUUCCAUCUGCUAUUCUGCUCUCAAAUCUGCCUUAUGUGGAAAUUAUGUCAGCUUUGGCGUCUUCAAGUUGUAUGGGGACAACCACUUUGACAAUGUACUCCAGGCCUUUGUCAAAAUGCUGCUUUCAGUAUCCCACAGUGACUUGCUUCAAUAUCGAAAACUAAGUCAGUCAUAUUACCCGCUCUUGGAAUGUCUCACCCAGGAUCAUAUGAGUUUCAUUACCAGUUUAGAACCUCAUGUGCUAAUGUAUAUUCUUACCUCAAUAUCUGAAGGACUUACUGCACUGGAUACAAUUGUCUCCUCCAGCUGUUGUGCUAGUUUAGACUAUGUUGUUACCUACCUCUUCAAGCACAUAGCAAAGGAAGGCAAAAAACCAGUAAGAUGUAGAGAAAUAUCGCAGGAUGGACAAAGAUUACUGCACUUCAUGCAACAGAACCCUGAAGUACUGCAGCAGAUGAUGUCAAUUCUGAUGAACACCAUCAUUUUUGAGGAUUGCAGAAACCAGUGGUCUGUGUCCAGACCACUGCUAGGGCUUAUACUUCUCAAUGAGAAGUACUUCAGCGAAUUAAGGGCAAGCUUGAUAACCAGCCAGCCUGACAACAAACGAGAGGUCCUUGACCAGUGCUUUAGGAACCUAAUGGAAGGAGUGGAGCAAAACCUUUUGGUAAAGAACAGAGACAGAUUCACCCAGAACAUGUCAGUCUUUCGAAGAGACAUGGCUGAUGCCCUGCGCUGUGAAGGGGCUACGGAAGCCAGCAGUUUAGAUAUGAUGAGUUGAUGCUGAACUUGGAAACCAGCGCAUUGAAUAACAACAUAUAGACUUUGAAAGUUUUGGACCUCACCAUAUUGUUAGAUAGGAGUUGAAAACUUAUGAAAACUAUUUUUUUAAAUAACUUCUGCCUUUUUAUAUCUCUGGCCUAAAUGUAAGAAUUUAUAAAUGGCAAUGAUGUAAAAUCAGUCUUAGCUUAAAGAACGUUUUCAAACUUUCUUAUCAAAAUUUAUUAUCCCUGUUCUUAAACAUGUAUGAAAUGGUGUAGAAACAAUACUUACCCAAAGAACAAAAUAAACACCCAUUGCUUCUAAAUG